CAGGAUUGUCAAUUAUCACCGCUGUCAGACACUGGUCUUUCGGAGAUGGGGAAUUUGUCAAUAAAUCUAAAGCCUAAUUUUAUGGGUUUAUUAAAAUGUUUAAACAGUAUAAAUUGGUUUAUUGUGUUUUUUAGUCUAAUUAAUUUAUCCAUGUGCAUUUAUGAGGAUCAAAUCGGGAAGUUUGACUGGCGCCAAAGCUAUGUUGGGCGUAUAAAGUUCGCCCAAUUCGAUACGGUUUCAACCGCCAGGAAGAUAAUAGUAGCGACCGAAGAGAAUGUUUUAGCUGCACUCAAUCUGAAGACAGGGCAGGUAGUGUGGAGGCAUGUGUUUGAGAGUACAUCUUCUGGCAACAUCCAGUUGCUGCAUCUAUCAGAUCAAAUAAUCACCGUGACGGGCUCCAAUCCUUAUCUCGUUAGGGGAUGGGACUUGAGUACUGGCGUACUAAUUUGGGAAUGGGGCCUCACCCUCCAGAAGAAUGAGCACACUGAUUUCUCCGAAUGGUGGGUUCAGAAUGGUCUGCUUGUUCAUAUGGUGCCGAAAUUUGGCUCUCACAUUGAGGUCAGCGUCUACAAUGUAGCUACUGGACAUAAUCGAGGAGCAACUUCGAAACUACCUGCUGUUUGGAUCAAUGAGGGCUGUGUCUUAUCUCCACCAUAUUACACCUGUAUCUCGGGAUCACCCGGAAACCAGCUGCUCUUAUCCAUGGAUGUUACGUCUGAUGCUGUACAAAUCAUAAGCAAACCUUUAGCAGAAUACACAACGGCAAGGAAUGGAAACCUGAAUCCCUUCGACACUAACACAGUCAUACCAGGGUUUCUAUUAAAUGAAAAAAUCAUAUUGAUCCGUGGCAAUAAGUUUGAAGCGAUCAAUAUAGCUAUCAGUGAGCCAUCUGCAAGUGUUGCUCUUGUGGAUAGCGCUAGCGGACCAUUAGUUUUGCAGACUUGGAAUGAUGAGGCUAAGGGUUUCACCUUAAUGGCCCACAAUUUAGUUUCUGGGCAAAGAGUAAAUGAGAUUGGCUGGUCGGACCGCAGUCUGUCGAUACCGGAGCCGGAGUUGUCUGCGGUGAUUUGCACUAAGACAGCCAGGGAACAGCAUGUAUGCAGGAUCCUGGUCACUGCUGCCGAUGAUGCCAGCCAUUUGAUACAGCAAGAAGGGAGAGUGCUAUGGACUCGCGAGGAAGCCCUAGCCAAUGUGGUGGCUGUCGAGUUUGUGGAUUUGCCAGUGUCAGACUUGGACGCGGCUAUUGAAUCGGAAUUUGAUCAGAAAGAAGGUUCGGUACUGGCGGCGUUCACCCGGCGGCUGCAGAGUCAGUUCCAGCAGCUGCAGGGCGCGGUGCGGGCGCUGCUGGCGGGGGACGCGGCGGCCGCGGACGAGCCCCCGCCCCUCGUGCGCGACUACUUCAACCUGCACAAGAUCAUGGUGCUCCUGACGGACACCGGCAAGAUCUUCGGCAUGGACAAUUUGUCGGGCGAGAUACUGUGGAAGCUGUACGAGCCGAACCUGAACACGGAGGCGGCGGUCAUGUUCACGCGGCGGUCGGCGCGCCACCCGCCGCACGACGCCUACCUCACCGUCGUCGGGAAACACGAGGAAACAGGCAACGGUCUGAUCGUCAGUUUAAAUCCGAUCCGAGGCACUCCCGUCGGGGAGCAGACCUUGCACUUGGACGUGCAGAUCUUACAAUGUGCGGUCCUGUACAAAGCAGACGCUCAGAAGCUCCACGCGCUCAUACUGCUCGAUAAGGACGAGAACGUGCAGAUCCUGCCGGAGUCCUCGGCGCCGCUGGUGGAGAACAUGUACAUGCACGUGGCCGACCGGAGCUCCGCCGUGGUCCGGGGCUACGCCCUGCGGCACGACGGAGAGCGCGUGUCGGCAAAGAAUAUUUGGUCGGUGGACCUGUCCGGGGGUGGGUCCCAGCGCGUGGUGUGGUCCGUGAGCAAGCCGGCCGCCGAGCGCAUCCACUCCGCGGGCCGCGUGCUGCCGGACCGCAGCGUGCUGUACAAGCACCUCAACCCCAACCUCGUGCUGCUCCUCACCGAGGGACCGGACCCCGUGCACAAAGACGUGGUGGUGGCGACGUGCGUGGACGGCGUAUCGGGCGGCGUGCUGAGCGCGCACGUGCACCGGCGCGCGCGCCGCCCCGCGCUCCCGCUGCACUCCGAGCACUUCCUCGCCUACCUCUACUACAACGACAAGCAGCGCCGCCACGAGAUCGCCACCCUGGAGCUGUACGAGGGCCCGGAGCGCUGGGUGCCGGCGGGCGCGGCGUUCAGCUCGCUGCGGGGGGCGCGCGCGCCGCACGUGCAGCGCCACGCCUACAUCGUGCCCGCCGCGCCCGCCGCCGCCGCGCUCUCCGCCACCGAGCGCUCGCUCACCGACAAGCACGUGCUGCUGGCGCUGAGCACGGGCGCGAUCGUGGAGCUGCCGUGGGCGCUGCUGGAGCCCCGGCGCGCGCUGUCCCCGGCGGGCGAGGCGCGCGAGGAGGGCCUGGUGCCCUACGCGCCCGAGCUGCCGCUGCCCGCCGAGGCCGUCGUCAACUACAACGCGACGCUGCUCCGCCUCACCCGCAUACACACCGCGCCCUCCGGACUCGAGUCCACCAGCCUCGUGCUCGCCACCGGACUGGACCUGUUCUACACGAGGAUAGCUCCGUCAAAGACCUUCGACCUUCUCAAGGACGACUUCGACUACUACCUCAUCAGCGUAGUGCUCGCCGCGCUGGUGCUCGCCACGUACAGCACCAAGUACUUCGCUGCGAGGAAGAUGCUAAAGAUGGCCUGGAAGUGAGCAGCAGAGUCUGCAGCGCGACACCAAAUAUCGCUUACUUACAACGGAAACGACAAAACUGGUACACGCUCACUCACAAUAACUGGAAAUUACAUAUUUAAAUCUGUUGGGCACGUGCGUUGUCCCUGAGCGGCCGUCUCCGACUGGGUUCGUUGUGGCCGGCGUUACCAUGGCAACACUGAGUAGCACAGCGCCAUCUAUCGCACGUACACGUAAAUUAUGAAGCAUUUAUCACCGGCCCGUUAUGAUUAAUGAAUUUAUAGUAUUGUUAAUUGAUAAUUCUUCGAAAGGACACAUUGACGAUAUGCGAAUAUUAUGAAAUAGUUGAGUAAUUGUUGGAUUGUGCACAUGUAAAAAAAAAUCUUAAUAGUCCAAUUGAGCUGUUUUCGUUUAUAAAGAUGCGAACCACGAGAUGUUUGUUAAUAUUCAAUAAUACAUUUUAGGCAAAUUUACAAAUUCUAAACCUUUUUUUCUCUUUCCUAAUCCUUUAAGGAUUCUAAACUAAAUUCUGAUCGGACGUGGCCAUGACGCAUUUUAUUUACAAAUCGUAAAACUUUUUUUUUAAGUUUUACGAAUUCUAAAUUAAAUUCUGACGUGACCGUGACGCCUUGUACUAAUCUUAUGAUUAUUGACAACAGAACGAAUUAAUUCAGUUAAAUACAAAAUAGUCGUUGUUAAAAUAAACAUUUCGCGUUAUUAUUUAUUUUGUAAUAUCGUUAAUGGCACUCUACGGGUUUGUUGUUCCGAUGUCAAACGUUAAUAUAAUUAUAAUGGGAACGGAUUGCAUGGUUUUUGUUAUUUCCAUGUCGCCCACACACAGCCUGACAAGCAGCUGUCAAAAAAUUAUUGUCAUUGUUAUUGACAGAGGUGACGGUUGGGUUUGGUUACAACUCUUAUUCUGUUGUUUUAUGCCCUGAAUCACUAAUUAAUUCCGAUAUAAUAUCCUUUUAAAAACAUAUAAAUCAAUAUAGAUUCUCAAAUUCUAUAACCAGUCGAUUAAUACAAAUCGGCAAGCUGUUUGAAGCUAAUUAAGUUGCUAGAAUCAAUAAUUAAUUUAUAUAAAUAUAGAUAGAUAGCGUUUUCACCACUGAACACAAGAUAUUCAAUUCUUCACAAAUAGAUGCAUGAUUUAUCAUUUGGUUACGACGUCAUACCUAUGGGGUCAUGUAAAGUUUUUUGUCCCUUUCUUAAGAUCUUGACCAUCAGAUUCUAAGACCAAUUGUGAAGUAGAUAUUGUUUUAGAAGAUUCUCUUCUUUUCAUUAGAAGAUUUUCUUCGAUUUGUAAUCAUGGAAGUUCAUACGGAAAUCUUAUGAGUCUAAAAUAGAGAAUUAUUGUGUGGUCUAGAAAUAAUUACUUAUUAUAUACUUUAUAUACGACAUUUUGUCUCUCGGCCGUGUGCCUGAUAGCAAAUAAAAAAUAAAAAAAUGACGCGCGUGCAACUUGGUGUACGUGAAAGAAUUGAAACUUCUUUUCCGGUGUGUAGUAUUGUGGUUUUCUUCAUUUUUCAUCCUUAAAUCAAAUUUGUCUUGUACUAGGGAAUGCUGUGUAUAAGAGAAACGAUCUAGCUCGCUUUGUCCUUUCCCUCUCUCGACGGUUGAGUGUUUCGCGAGACGUUCUGUCUAUUUUCUCACUCUCGCUCUUCCUAAAUUGUAUCUUUUCUCUCUAGCCGUAACGAAUCUGUCACGAGUUCAAUUUUACUCAACAACUUUCAACGCGCCUAAAGAAGUUUCACUUUAAAAACAUUAUUUUGUUGAUUGAUAAAUGUGUGGUAAUUUGGUGAAUGUGUCUCGCAUCGUCAGUCGAUUUCAAAAACGAUAGAGAGAGAGACAAAAUAUAGUGCAUCUAUUCACACACUGUAUCGUUAACAGGGUUAGUUUUUUUACUAAGAAAAAAAAUCUUGAAUAGAAAGUUAAUUUAUUGUAAAUGGUUGCUUAAACCUAGGCCCAUUGUAUUUGAUAGUUUAACUGUAUUACUAAUUAAGCAAUGUAUGUCUGGAUUUAGCACUGAAAGCUUUUAAGCAUCGUCUCUUCGUGCUUAAAAGUGUCGAGCUCCGCUGUUGAGGGUCACCUCUACACAAAUCAAAGCAAAGUUCAAGUCAAUUUUAAACGAUAUUAUGGAAGCUUAACGUUCGUGUGCCCACGGCACAAGUGAAGCCCCCUAAAAGUGUUGCAUCUCAGUCUUUCACAUGCUAAAUCAUAUAUUUGUCUCUUUUCAGUUUCAUAUAUAUGUGUACAUGUAUGUAAAUGUAUUUAUUUAUUGAAAUUUUUAGAAGUUCGUUAUCGAUACAAAAAUCACGAGUUUGAUGUUCCAACGAAAAAAAUCAAGAUAUGUUACAUAUUUAAGACGAUGAAAUGAUUUAUAUUUAAAAACCUAAAAACUUGUACCAUUGAUCGCAACGCGUGACGUCAUAUGUGUGGCGAUUGUCGAAAUCUACAUGGAAUGUGUUACAAUAAUUUUAUUAUUAGGUAUUUGCUUUUUUGAGAGAGAGGACGGUUAGCGCAGUACCGACAUGUGAUGUAAUAGAGAGGAGAUGCAUGUGACUAUGUAUGGAAAUAUAGGAGAUGUAUGGAAAUGAUAGUGCAAGGUAGAGGGGGAAGAGGUCGACCGAAGAAGCCAUGGAUGGAGUGUGUGAAUGACUAUAUGAGAGAGAGAGAGGAGUGAGUGUUGAGAUGACGACUGAUAGAAGAGAAUGAAAUAGAAAAAUUCGCUCCAAAAAAACCUGGUGGGAUAAGGACAAAGAAGAAGGGGUUGUUGCUUAUUUUGGCCUCGAAUGACGUCACACGAUAAUGCAUUCAGUCGAAUCCUGUAUACUUUGAACAUAUGAAUGUCAGACUCUGUAUUACGGAUGUGAAAUAUUCUGUUUUAUGUAGAAAAAAGUUUACUUUAUUUAUUUAUUUGUAAAAACAUCCACUAUAAAAGCAUAGUAAAAAGUAUCGAAUAUUAAUUCAAUUUUGUUUGAAACGUCACGAACUAUCGAGUGUUCAAGUUUCACUAACGCUGUAUUUAGUAAGGUGAAGGAAUAAAUUAUAAUAAAACUGCAUAUAGGUAUAAUUCUGUAAUAGGAAAAAUUUAUAUAAAUAUGAGUGUUUAGUGUGAAGAAGUAAUUAAUAAAGGAUUGUUUUCAAUUGAGCGAUUUCUUGCGCGAAACAGCCGUGUAGUCUGAUCAAUACUGAACAUACCAGUGUUUGGUCAAAUUGACAGAAUUCAAAGUUAAAUUUACAAAUUUCAACUUUACAAUACCAUUAUCGAAAAAGAUGGGGACAAUUAUUCUUAAAAUAUGCAUAUAAUAUUUUAUUUGCUCAUUGUUUAUAGUUAUUUCUACUAUUAACCAAAAAAAAUAAUGUAUAAUCGUUUUCUGUAUUGAAUCGAUAUUUGGACAAAAUCGAUAUUUCGGUUUUAAUUAUCGGUCAAUUUGAUCUAGCGCUGUAGGAACAGACACGCAAGUAUUUUUGGUAGGUCGAGUCGAGUGAUUCGCGUCUUAAGACGACAACGAAUAUAUUAAAUUUUUCAUUUUGAUUUGAAAUAUCCAUAUAUUUUGACUGGUGGUAGAACCUCUUGUGAGUCCGCGCGGGUAGGUACCUAUUCUGCCUAUUUCCGCCGUGAAGCAGUAAUGCGUUUCGGUUUGAUGGGUGGGGCAGUCGUUGUAACUAUACUAGAGACUUACAUCUUGGAACUUAUACCUCAAGGUGGGUGGCGCAUUUACAUUAUAGAUGUCUAUGGGCUCCAGUAACCACUUAACACCAGGAGGGCACAGGUGUAACACCAUUGGAAGAUCAAAAACAGUGCAAAUGUUAUUGGAUGUUCUCAUACAAGAUGCAUUAAAUUAUUUAUUACGAAAUACUUGUGUUGUAUUAUUUAUAGGGAACAUCAAGGUUCGCACGCGAAUCACUCUAAAGUAGGCUAGCUCAUUUAAUAAGUUUGAAAAAGUAUCCUAAACGCUAUUUAUUGUUUAGCAUAAAUCAGAUAGUUAAUGGUAUUUAAGUAUAAAUGGAAUGGAAUAAUAAAAUUUAUUAUAAGCGUUCGUUCCAAAGUUCACGUGUUUGUGAUGUCGAGACGUGAACGAUUAGAUGUUUUGUUUCAAACGAAAGUUGUCAGUUGAGCUUUAUAUGUAUAUAUAGUCCACUUAGUGCUUUCACUCGUCCCGCGGGUCGUUGGACUUUGUCUACUAAAUUAGCUUAAUCUCAUCAUCGCGAAACUGUUAUUCGAAUAUCGUUAAUUUUUUUUUUUUACGCUUUCAUUAGCUUCAGACGUUUGUAUGUUUGUAAAGGAAUCUUUGAACAUGAUUUUGAGCCCCUUCCAAACGUCGAAUUAAAUCGAAAUUUGAUAUAUUUAUUAAGUACCGAUGACAAUUCAAUAUUAAAAAAUAUAUUGAAAAAAUUGGAAUUCAACUAAAAAAUGAAAAAUAAAUAAUAGUUUAAAAGAACUAACAAAAUAAGCCUUUAUAGAAAAUCCAACUAAAAAUAGAAAGCUAAUUUUAAUAAAUUUGUAUUAAAAAUAGUGUAAGAAAAAAUGAUUUUAUUGUAAAAAAAGCGCGGGGUGCAUGGUAUCAGUAGUUAUAAAUAUUUUAUGAACAGAUAUGAGUAGAAGGGUUGUUUUGAUAAUAUCCUGAAAAAGCACCCCACGCUUUUUUUUACAAUAAAAUCAUUUUAUCUUACACUAUUUUUAAUUCAAAUUUAUUAAAAUUAACUUUCUAUUUUUUAGUUGCAUUUUCUAUAAAAGUGUAUUUUGAUAGUUUUUUGAAACUAUUAUUUAUUUGGUUUUUGUUUAAAGGAAUUUUAUCUAUACCAAAACAGUCGGUGGGAACGAAAACUUAAAAAAUAUAGUUUUAUUACUAAUCACUCAUCUCUCGACAUGCAGUCAUGUGCUACUGUUAUUACAUUUGUCUCGUGUGCGUUAUAUAUAAUAUAUUCUAGAUAGUUCUAGUAUAUAUAUCGAGGCUUGAAAGGUAAACAUGACUAAGUGACAAUAACUGCUUUAUACAUAAAUGAUAGGCAAUAACCAUAUUCGAUGCGCAAAAAAAUAUAUUUCUAGCUCUAUUAAAAUCAUUUCAAUCCUACAGCUAGAUUCGUUAAAAUAGAUAAUUUUUUCAGGUAUUUCAACAUUAAAUUAGUCUACUGUAAAGUUCACGCAUUGUCGCUUAGUCACGUUUGCCUUUCAAGCGUCGAUAUGUAUGUACGUAUUCUAGAUAGUUCUAAUGUGGUUGGUCAAGUAGUUGAUAAUUAUUGAUAUCUGGUUCGGAACGUCACAGAAUGAAAAGCUUCGAUCAAUAAUAGUACUAGAUUACGGAUCAGGAACAAAAAUAAGACGCUCCAGUGGCCACGUUUGCAGACACGAAAACAUCUUCAUUUCUUAGAAAAAAGUUUAAUAAUGUUAACGACUUCAGUUUAUUAUAAACCUUAAUACUUAAACAUAAAGUUUAAUUACCAUUGCAAAAUAUAUGUAUUUAGGUCCUUUCGUCAGAAAAAGAAUAUUAUGGAAUAAAUUUAAAAUGUCACUUGAACAUAAAAAGUCAUCAGUACAAAAAUAUUUAUUCUAAAAUGAUACUUAAAGCCUAAUUUAUAAGGUUAAAAAUAUUUGUUUAAAAUUUCAUGCUUAUUGUAUUGUGGAACAAGAUGUAGUUCUUGGUAUUACAUUUCAAUGCUCAGAACACAGUAAGUAUUGAAAGACAUAGAGUUGCAGAAUAUACAUAUUUGUUUUAGGUUUGUUUUGUAUGGUCGCAACUAUUUUUGACCGAUUCAAAAAAGUUGUAGAUAAUAUUUUACAUUGCCGCUAUUACAACAAAUAGGUGAUAAAAAAUAAAAUUGAAUAAAGUAAAAAAAAUAUGAAAGGAAACACGAAACAUGUUUUCCACGUAUUCUUUAUACAGAAGUAAUUAAAACAAUAAUGUAGGUUUAAUUACCUUUAAACAGAUUCAGUUUGUUAUAAAGCUGUCUUUUAGAAGUCAUUUUUAUAUGAGCGGUUUCUUUUUUACAAAUAUAAAUCAAUGAAUUUUUCUAUAAUCAGUUUAAUUUAGGCUUAUUUUAUGGCUGUGUUCGUUUCCCCCAGAAAACCAAUCCUUUUCAGCAUAUACGCUUAAAAUAUUUACACAUACAUAUAAAGUUUUUUUAAUACUUUUUUGCAUUGAUUUGCCACCACCAUUGAACAAUUCUAGAAUUUUUAAAAGAGUUCUAUAUUUCUUCUCCUCUUUCUUUCGCGACAAUACAUAUCCAUUGUGCACAGCGACAAGGGGCUACUAGGAAAUCUACAAACAAAAAUAACAUUAUAAAAUAACAAAACUACUCUAUGCAUUCCCUGUCCAAGAAUAGGUGAUGUUUGUUACAAUAGUUGGUGCCUUGUUGCAAACAUUGGCCAAACAAUUACAAUAUUCGUAAAUUGUGUUUUAUUUACAAUAUAAUUGUGUUUAUUAUUUUAUGAAAAACACUUAAUAAUAUAAAUUUACCAAAAAAAGAUAUUCCUUCCAAAACCUUGGUGUUACGGUGGUUUUUUACUCAGUUUUUGAACGCGCAUUGCAGCGUUUUGACGUCUUAGUGUUGGCUAUGAUUGGACCAUACUAAUUUGAAAUAAGACCACAAAUUUAUUUGUGGUCUUAUUUUUCGGGCCGCUUUUGAAGCGCUAAUCGCGAAUCUAGUAGUAUUAUUGAUCGAAGAUGAAAAGAAUAGAAUCGAAGAUAUAUAUAUAUAUAUUUAGUAGGUAAAACAUCGAGGAGUGAAAUGUGAGAUUCCGCAUAAUAGGCAGCGGCUUGGCUCUGCCCCUGGCAUUGCUGAAGUCCAUGGGCGACGGUAACCACUCACCAUCAGGUGGGCCGUAUGCCCGUCUGCCUACAAAGGCAAUAAAAAAAAUAAAAAAAAAUUCUUUAUAAUUAAAGGUCCCUUUUAUUUGUUAAUACUAUCAACAAUUCGGUGUUUUUAAUUGAGUUUACCCAUUCAAAUAUCUGAAGAAGUUGUUUUGUUAUCAUAUUUUUUCCAAAUUUUAAACUUUAAAUGGCGCUCUUGUAAAGUUGCAAAAAUGGCGCUUAAACGUAAUAGAUUUUCAUCCCUCAAUAUUAAAGCAACGGCUGGGGAGCACUCUAAGAUCCAGAGAUUCACUAAUCAUUUGUUCGCUAAACUUGUAGUUAAAUGAAUAAAUAACUUAUCUAAUAUGUUUUAACACAUUAUAAGUCGCACUAUAAAGUAAACAUGUCUAGGUAGCGGGUAGGUACCACCGCCCCGCCUAUUUCAGCCGUGAAGCAGUAACGCGUUUCGGUUUGAAGGGCGGAGCAGCCGUUGUAACUAUACUGAGACCCUUAGAACUUAUAUCUCAAGAUGGGUGGCGCAUUUACGUUGUAGAUGUGUAUGGGCUCCAGUAACCACUUAACACCAGGUGGGCUCUGAGCUCGUCCACUCAUCUAAGCAAUAAAAAAUAUACUAUUUUAGAGAAAAGAUGGCUUGUUCAUCACUAUGAAAAAAAAAUGUCUGCUCUAAAGAAGCAGCAAAACCAAACCAUUCUCAGCUGGCUAUCUUCAACAUUCUGUGACGUUUGUUAAUGUAUUUAAAAAAAUAGUUAAUGAUAUAAAUAUAAUCUAGUUUAAAUAGAUCAAUUAGACAAUCCGUUGAUUUAGAUGUAGAAAUGUUACCAUUUAUUUCCGUUAAAUUGUUUAAGUUUUAUUUUAAUACUUAACUGGUGUGUGUGACGGUGUUCUGUUGCGGGAAUAUUUUGGGAUUGUUUAUUUUUUGGUUGUAUAAAUUUAUUUAAGUUUGUGGUCGGGAGAUAUCGAUAUGUGUACGAUCGUGUACGAAUGGCCCGAACGCUAGUAAACUAAUAGCAAAUUAUAUUUUAUAUGUAAUUAAAAAUAUAUAUACAAAAAUUAAUUAUUCUAUAAUGCAUUUAUUUCAAAUGACUUGUUGUUUUUUUUUUUUCAAUCUGUUCCAUCAUUUUCGAUAUAAAUUAUAAUUACCUCGAAAUACCUGUGUUCACUCUUGUUUGAGAAUCGUGUACUGAUUUUUUUUUUUACUGUCCUUGUAGACAGACGACGAGCAUACGGCCCACCUGAUGGUGAGUGGUUACCGUCGCCCCUGGACUUCAGCAAUGUCAGGGGCAGAGCCAAGCCGCUGCCUACCGUUAUCACUUUAACAAUGUGUUAUUUCAGUAAACUGAUUCACGAACGUGGUUUUUGAUGUAAUAAAUAAAUGUCCAGGAUAUGUGAGCUCUAUCCCGGUUAUUUUCUUUUUAGUGAAUGGUUCUAAUGCAUUGUUAUUUAGUAAUUACUUUCGACUGACAAUUCACCUCCAAUACACAUACAAUCCAUUUCGCCUAUUUCUGCCGUGAAGCAGUAAUGCGUUUCGGUUUGAAGGCUGGGGCAGCCGUUGUAACUGUACUGAGACCUUAGGACUUAUAUCUCAAGGUGGGUGGCGGCAUUUAUGUUGUAGAUGCCUAUGGGCUCCAGUAACCACUUAACACCAGGUGGACUGUGAGCUCGUCCACCUAUAUAAGCAAUAAAAAAAAAAUCUCGCAUCAUACGAAACAUCGAAAUUCUUAAUCUACGUUCUCAGUUCUCAAUCUCUUCUGACAUUGCUGAAGUCCAUGGGCGACGGUAACCACUCACCAUCAGGUGGGCCGUAUGAUCGUUGUCUUCAAGAGCAAUAUUUUUUUUUUAUACUAUAAUAAAAUUGCAAUUGCUAUUAAGCGUCUAAUAUUGUAUAAUAUAUAAUUUCCUAUUGCCAUCGUAGGCAGACGAGCAUACUAUCCAUUUGAUGGUAAGCAGUCACCGUGGCUUAUGGACAACGGCAUAAAUGUAAGGUAUGUAUGUAUUUAAAAUAGUUUUUUUUGGUAUAUUAAUAUCGAAGCAUUGCAUAGAAAAUGUUUGAUGAAAUAUAAAAUAUUAGAGUGGCUAAGUCAUUAAAAAGACUCUGUAUUAACUAUAUUGUAUUUAAAGUAACUUCUGAAAAUAAACUGUUAUUUUCCACUGACGAAUAUAGAAUGGAAUCCCAUACAGUCGUGCCGGCACUGAAGGCACACGACUAUGCAGAAUGUAUUCGCUACGAACUGACGGGUUUGUUGUGUAAUGUUUUUGUAUAAAUAAAGUUUAAGUGAUGUA